GCGUGCGCCGCAGGGCCCGCCCAGUUCCGCGUACUCUGCGCGUGGUGACUUCCGGGCUCGUGUCCUCGGCAUGGGUCCUUUGCUGUCGCCGCUGCUGACCCUGCUGUCGCUUCUCUCCGGUCCUUGGCUCGAACUAGGAAAUGGGCAGACGACUGGCAUGGUCCAGCUACCUGGAGGGAGAUUCCAGAUGGGAACAAAUUCACCAGAUGGCAGAGAUGGUGAAGGACCUGUCCGGGAGGUGACAGUAAAACCCUUUGCCAUUGACAUAUUUCCUGUCACCAACAAAGAUUUCAGGGACUUUGUCAGGGAGAAGAAGUACCGGACAGAGGCUGAGGCGUUUGGGUGGAGUUUUGUCUUUGAGGACCUUGUGCCCGAUGAGCUUAGAAGCAAAGCAACCCAUCAAAUGCAGUCUCUUCUCUGGUGGCUGCCAGUGGAAAGGGCAUUCUGGAGGCAGCCUGCAGGUCCCGGCUCUGGCAUCCGAGAGAGACUGGAGUUCCCAGUGGUACAUGUGAGCUGGAAUGAUGCCCGUGCCUACUGUGCUUGGCGGGGGAAACGGCUGCCCACUGAGGAAGAGUGGGAGUUUGCUGCCCGUGGGGGCUUGAAGGGUCAGGUGUACCCCUGGGGAAACCAGUUCCAGCCAAACCGCACCAACCUGUGGCAGGGAAAGUUCCCCAAGGGUGACAAGGCUGAGGAUGGCUUCCACGGAGUCUCCCCGGUGAACGCUUUCCCCCCGCAGAACAACUACGGGCUCUAUGACUUCAUGGGCAACGUGUGGGAGUGGACAGCGUCACCGUACCAGGCUGCCGACCAGGACAUGCGUGUCCUCCGGGGGGCGUCUUGGAUCGACACAGCCGACGGCUCUGCCAAUCACCGGGCCCGCGUCACCACCAGGAUGGGCAACACUCCAGAUUCAGCCUCAGACAACCUAGGCUUCCGCUGUGCUUCCAGCGCAGGCCGACCGCCUGGGGAGCUGUGAGCAGCCGUGCAGGGAAGAGUCCCCGUGGUCCCCAGGUCACUCCCUGGCCACAUUCCAAACAGCCAGACUCCGAGCUCUUCAGCUUCAGCCUCAGGAACGACCUCCUUCCCCUCCCCUGUGCUCGGUGGCAGGCACCUGUCCCCAGGGCAGGAGAGGACCCUGACCUCUGAGGAGGGGCGCCACUGUCUCUCGGAGAAGGAGCCCCAGCUAUUGAUUGUGGCCAGGAGCCAGGUGUCUCUCUGAGAGGUCAAAUAUUGACCAUAGAGGGGCCAAAUACUCAAACAGUUGGGGCAGAGUGCUCUGAAAGGCAGUUUGCUAGAAAAUUUUAAAUCUGCUUCCUCCCCUUUUGACCUAAGGAUCUGACAUUGGUUUCUCAAGGCAGAAUUUCUCCAGGUCUCCUUGUUUUCCCAGCCAACUGCUGUUGAAGGAAAAUGUUUCCUUCCUUUGCCCCAUCUGUGGGGUUUCACGCUCCUCCGAGGGAACCUGAUUUCCACUGUCUGUGACACGCAGUUCCGCGGGCUCUUUAAAGCACAGCGUGGGUUGUAAAA